AUUCUCCGCACACCGGAUAAGUAUAUUUAUGAGUGGCUCAUCAUGGAAAUGAGUCUUCUCAGUUGCGAUCAAUUUUGAACACACGGCCGGCUGAAAUGGGUAAACCAAGGGGUCUUCGCACGGCUCGAAAGCACACAAAUCACAGACGCGAGCAGCGAUGGAAUGACAAAGACUACAAGAAGGCGCAUUUGGGAACUAGGUGGAAGGCUAAUCCCUUCGGCGGUGCUUCCCAUGCCAAGGGCAUCGUGUUGGAGAAAGUAGGUGUAGAAGCUAAGCAACCUAAUUCAGCUAUCCGAAAGUGCGUCCGAGUACAGCUAAUCAAAAACGGCAAGAAGAUCACAGCGUUCGUUCCACGUGACGGAUGUCUCAACAACAUUGAAGAGAACGAUGAGGUAUUAGUGGCGGGUUUCGGCCGUAAGGGUCAUGCCGUGGGUGAUAUUCCCGGAGUAAGGUUUAAGGUAGUGAAAGUCGCCAACGUUUCUCUUCUUGCGCUCUACAAGGAAAAGAAGGAACGACCCAGAUCUUAAGUUAUUAAUUUUCAGCUACCGCACGUCUACAAAUAUCAGUGUAAAUUGAAGAUCUAUAUCCUGUUUUAAUUUUAUUAUAAUUUUUCUUUAAUUUAAUAUAAAAAGAUCUGUAAAAAUAUAUAUGACACACGUAGUUAUAAAGCUAUUAUAAUUCCUAGGAUUACGGAAACAGCAAAUCUGCUAUAUCUAAUAAAUUAAAUAUACACG